AUGCCCUCCCCCGCGGCUGCCCUCCCCCCGCCCGCACAGGUCCCGGCCCAGGUGCUCCCCGCCCAGCCCGGUCCUGACCACCCACCGCCUGCGUCCGCCCUGCCACCCAAUGCAUCCAGCGCUGCAGACACAGACCCCAGUCUCCAGGAGCAGGUGACGUCUCUCGAGACCGUCCUCCCGCUGCCCCGUCCCUCACACCCUCCCCAGGCUCCCUCUCCCUCCCGCUCGUCUUCGCUCCUCGCCCCAAAGACGCCCCAGCCCCAGCUCUCGCCCAGGCGGCCCUCCCUCAUGCAGUCCCAGAACACGGACCACUCCACCGUCACCUCUCGCCUCGGCUUCUCCUCUCGCAGAAAGUCCCUCGGCUUCCUCACAUCCACAACAACCCCCUCCACCCCCCGCGACUCUCCUCCACCGCCCUCCCCAGAUCGUGACCACCUCUCCCCCACCCCUCCCGACCACCCCGACCCCCCACCACCGACGACAAACACCCUCAAGGCCACAAAGCACCUCCCAGGGCCCCUCCACGAUCUCAAGCGUUUCCUCAACCACCACAUCCCCCACCACCACAGCGCUUUCCUCCAUCCCCACCACCACCACCACCACCAUCACAAUCCCCACGUCCCCUCCACCGCACCCGUCUCUGCUAAUCUCACCCCCGCAGAGCCCUAUCUUCAUCCCGGUGACAUCCUCCUUCACCUCCACGACUCGGACAAUCCUUUCCUCUCCGACGCUCCCUCCAGCCACCCGUCCACCCAGCCCUCUACCCAGCCCCCGAGCCCACCCCGCUCCAAUGCCUCUCCCGAGCCCUCCACAGCCUCGGGCUCGACCCCCGUCCCAGAGCUCAAGCCCCACAAGGAUCACAAGCUCUCCACCAUCUUCAUGCGCAAGGACAGGCACAAGGACGACAAGUCGCCCGCCGCCAGCAUAAAGCCCCCCAGCGACCGCCCGCCCAUCGACAAGUCCCCGUCCCCGUCGCUCUCCGCUCGCUCCAGCAGGAAGGGCUCUCACUCCCCCGCUCACGACGGUCCCGCCCACGCGCCCUCGUCCCGGCAGUCCUCCCCGCACAAGCACAAGCACAAGCACGACUCCCAUGGUCGCCGCGCCCCCUCUCCCCGCGCCUCGGGCUUCCUCACUCCUGGCGGCACCGCUGCAGCCGCCCACGGCCAGCACCCGAUCACCUCCCUCUCCGAGGCCACCCAGGCCCACCUGUCCAAAAAAUACGGCAAAUGGGGUCGCGUGCUGGGCUCCGGCGCGGGCGGCACCGUCCGCCUCAUCAAGGCGAGCUCCAAGAACGGCGGCCACAUCUUCGCCGUCAAGGAGUUCCGCCCAAAGCGCACCGGCGAGUCAGAGAGGGAGUACCAGAAGAAGGUCACCGCCGAGUUUUGCGUCGGCUCCACCCUCAAGCACACGAACAUCAUCGAGACCGUCGACAUCGUGUCCGACCACGGGCAUUAUUACGAGGUGAUGGAGUACGCGCCGUACGACCUCUUCAGUGUCGUCAUGUCCGGCAAGAUGUGCCGCCCCGAGAUCUAUUGCGUCUUCCGCCAGAUCUGUGACGGCGUAGAGUACCUGCACGAGAUGGGGCUCGCCCACCGCGAUCUCAAGCUCGACAACUGCGUCAUGACGACCGACAAUGUCGUCAAGCUCAUCGACUUUGGCACCGCCACCGUCUUCCACUAUCCGGGCAAGGCCCAGCAGAAGGCCACCGGCGUCGUCGGCUCGGACCCGUACCUCGCCCCCGAGGUUCUCGCCCAGGAGAGCUACGAUCCCCGCAAGACGGACGUCUGGAGCGUCGCCGUCAUCUUCAUCUGCAUGAUCCUCCGCCGCUUCCCCUGGAAGAUCCCCGACCCAAAGUCGGACCCCAGCUUCCGCGCCUUUGUCAACACCCACCCCGAACUCUCCCAAAAGCCAGAGCCCAGGCGCCAUGCCACCGCCCCGCUCCCGCUCCCGCCCUCGUCGUUGUCGUCGUCGUCGUCGUUGUCGGACCGCGGUCUCGGCGUGAACGGCAACGGCGCCGCCCACAGCAGCCAGACCCUCCUCACCGCCAACGUGCCCUCGCUCUCCCCGCGCAAGUCCGCCUCGACGCCCUCGCCCUCGCUGCAGCACCCACCGCGGCACGACGACAACGACGACGACGCCAGCCGCGCGUCCAUCACCGACGCCUCGACCAUCUCCAGCAGCGCCUUUGACACCCGCUCCGUCUCCGAGGCCUCCGACACCGAGCCCUCCGUCUGGACCGCGCCCUCGCGCGACUCGCACUCGGGCUCGUCCGACGCCUCGGGCACGUCCGCCUCGCGCCUCGCGGGGCGCCUCCUCCCCGCCACCGUCGGCGUCUCGCGCUCCACCGCGACGCUCCCCGUCCUCCUCGCCGCGGGCCUCCCGCGCGCCGAGAGCCCGCAGGACAUGGACCCGUCCGUGCAGAUCUUCGCGCGCCCGGGCACGUCCACCGAGUCCCUCCCGUCCUCCCCGCACAUGAGCCCGCUCUUCAUGGGCGCCGGCGCCGGCAUCGCCAUCGGCAUGAGCUACCCCGGCGCCGAGGCGGACGACAUGCCGACGCCGACGAUGAAGCCCGCCGCCGCGCUCCUCUCCCCGCGCAUGCGCGGCGCGCCGUUUCACAGCCCGCUCGCGCCCAGCCACGAGCAGAAGCGCGAGGAGGUCGACCGCGUGCUCGGCGCGGUCAAGGACCGCGACGACGUCGAAAAGGCAUACCAGGACGAGCGCCAGGCGAACGGCGGCGGCGACGGCGGUGACGGCGGUGGCGACGAGGGCAAGGAAGAGACGGGGGAGAAGGAGAAGGACGCGGCGUCGACGCGGAGCGGCGGCCGGCGGGCGACCGUGAGCCGCGGCGGGCCGCGCCCGCGCGCGGAUAGCGCGGCGUCGGUCGCGACGUUCCACGGCGGGAUCGGCGGCGCCGAGUCCAUCUUCCGCCUGCUGCCGCGCGAGACGCGGCCCGCGAUCCGGCGGAUGCUGUUCGUCGAGCCCGCCGCGCGCUGCACGCUCACGGACCUGCUCAAGGGCCGCGGGAAGAGCUCGGGCCUGCUCUGCGGGUGCGGGCUGAACGGCACGAACGCGGGUGGCAGCGCGAGCGCGAGCGGGAUCGACACGCCGCCUGGGACGUGCCAGGACCACGACUGUGCGCCGGAGGAGGAGGACGACGGGGACGCGUGGCUGAAGAGCAUCGUGCCGUGCUCGGCGCUCGGCGCCGGCGUGCUGUCGGACCAUACGCACAUCAAGGUCGCCGUGGACGAUAAACAGCACAAGCGGAGACUACCCCCGCCCGCACCCUCCGCCCACAACUAUCCAUACAUUCGCCCGCCUGCCUGCCUACUUGCCUUUCGUGUCCACUCCCCGCGCGGCGGCCUUCCUUUGCACCUUGCGCCUUCUCCGCCCUCGCCGCGCCCACCCUCGCCCGCCCGCCCGUCCGCCCUCGCCCGCCCCGUGUGCGUCUCCCGCGCGCCGCCCGGGCGGCGUGUGCGGGCGGGGGGGUUUAGAAAAGCUACCCGCCCCGCCCUUAUAUCUCUUUGUCUUCCCUCCUUCCUUCUUUCCCUCUCGCAGUCUCUCGAGAUUGCUAUUUUUUUUAUCUAUUCCGUACCCGUAUCCCCUCCUAUGAUAGCGCGCCUGCUCCACAGUGCUCUCGGCAGCGGCGUCCUGCGUUGCUUGUUCGAGCUCAAGCCGCGCGGACGAUCGAGCGAUCGGGUCGACGUGCGGGCGGGAUCUCGACGGCGCGGACGUGCGAGCGGCGGCGAUCGAGCGAGUGCCUGGGAUUUGCGCUGGCGCGACCUAGAAGCGUCGGGCGGCGACGGCAGGUUCUACGAUAUCGAUCGGGCACGAUCCAGCGUAGAGACCACGGCUCGUGCGCGCAUGAAAUAAGUACAAUGGGUGUGCUACCGAUGCGACAUGUCACAGCUCGUCUCUGCCCUGGCCCGCCUGCGCCUGGCGUCGGCCACGGGCCACGGGCGGGCCCCGUCUGCUCUUCGCCUUGCCCUUCGGUUGUUGCUGCUGUUGCUGCUGUUGCUGCUGCUGGGACGGUGGCGACGACCUCGCCUUUGGCUUCGUCUUGCCCUUGUCCGAGAACAGCUCGUAGCCCGCCUUGCGCAGCGCCUCCGCGAUCGCCUUGUUGUCCGGCGCGCCCCCGGCACGCGCGCGGUCCGCCUGCUCCCCCUCUGCGCCGCCGCCGCCGUCCUCCAGCGUGUCCUCGUCCAGCUCGACCUCGCUGAAGAACUCGAUCACCAUCUCGCCGUCGUCCAGCUCCUCGACGACGACGCGCGGCGCGCCCUCGCCGCCGAGGAUGUUGUCGCGCUCCAGGAGACGCUCGAGCGUGCGGCGGAUGACGGCGGUAUGGUCCACGGAACCGUCUGCGUCGUCGAGGUCCUCGCCUUGCGGAUGAUCGUCGUCGUCGUAUUCGUCGUCGUCGGCAGCGGCAGCGGCAGGCGCGCCAUCGGGCUGCGCGGCGCCCCCGUCGAUGGGCGGGGGAGGGGGAACGCGCUUGGGGCCGCGCGGGGGGAGCUUGAUCGGGUGAUCGGCCUCCGGGAUGGCCACCCUCUCCGCGGGGAGGACGUCGACGACCUCGCGGCAGCGG